AUGGCGGGGUUUGAAGAUGCCAGGAUGGGCUAUUCCAGCGUCAUCGAGCAGUCAAAACCAAAUAAUUGUAAUGGGGAACAUACUGGAAGCCUGAACGAGCAACAGUUGAUUGUCUUGCGAGAGAUUUGGGCAGAUAUCUUGGAUAUCGACGUUGAGGACAUCGAUCAAGAUGCGCACUUUUUUGAACUGGGUGGUGAUUCAUUAGCGGCAGCGGAGGUAGUGAGAGCAGCCGCAUCGCAAGGAAUGCAGAUCACCCGCGGACAGAUCUUCGCAGCGCCCACAUUCUCUGACAUGGCAUCUCUCAUAUCUUUUGGAGAGCCUGGUGCAUGGGAGGAACCUUCGAGCAGCCUAGCCCCGUUCGCCCUCAUUGAUAGUGAUGUAUCCUUGAUUCGGCAGUUGGCCGCAGAGCAGUGCGGUAUUUCUCCGGAGGAAAUUGAAGAUUUGUACCCGACGACCGCAUUGCAGGCUGGCCUCAUGGCUCGGUCCAUUAGUGUACCAGGUGUAUACAUGUCUGCGUGGCUCUUUCAGAGCGUCCACCCCGUGGACCCAGUAUGGCUCACAGGUAUACUGCAGCGAGUGGUGCAAAAGCUGCCCAUACUGCGAACUGCAAUGGUGACCUCGGAGGAACACACCUUUAUGCAGGCUGUCCUGCCACUACCUGCUACCAUCGAUACCAUCCGAGUGCGUUCUAUUUCAGAACUUAACAUUGAAAACCGCAAGCCUGCCAUGACGGUGGGUCGCCCUCUCACAAAGUUUUCUGUGGUCGUCAGCGAAGAUUGCGAUCGGCCAUACGUUUUAUGGUAUGCACAUCAUGCGACAUACGAUAUGUCGAGUGUGGCGCUCGUAGAGCGUCAUAUUGCCGAUCUUGCAACCGGGGAGGAAUCACUCCCGGCACCCCCAAGCUUUGCAUUAUUUGUCGCCCAUAGCAUAGACAUCCGAAAAAGUCCCGAAUGCAAGCCUUUCUGGACUGAGCAGCUGGAUAAUUGUCCUGCAUCUUUAUUCCCAUUUGGUGCAAGAGAUGCACCAGCAGUAUUUCGCACAGAUUCUCAGUAUGAGAUCUCUUUCCCAUACGUUGGCACAAACUCUGGCUUCACGAUGGCCAAUCGAAUCCGUGCCGCCUGGGCAUUCCUAUUGGGGUGCUAUGAGCAGUCGGAGGAUGUUGUGUUUGGCGUCACCAACGGGGGCCGGUAUGAAGCUGUGCCACAAUGCGCUGAUAUUGUCGGGCCUGCAAUCGCAACUUCGCCCAUGCGGGUGCGUCUGAAUCGCGAGUCGACUGUCGCUGAGUUUCUACAGAAGAUCAGUAUGCAGGUGGUCAGCAUUAAUGCCUUUGAGCAAACAGGUCUGGCAAACAUCCAGCAACUGGGCCAGGACGGUGUUCGGGCUUGCAGUUUCCGAACCUUGGUCAACGUUCAAGUCACCGAUGCUGGGCGCGGCAGCAAUUUAUUGACGCCUGUAGAGCCAGAUAAAGUCGAACCUCUCGAUUAUGCCCUGGUACUGGAGCCUUUUGUCCUCGGGGGAGGUUCGAAGCUUCGACUCCGUUUGUCGUAUGACAGUCUGGUUAUCCGACAUGAAAAGGUAAUUCAGGUCGCCGCGCAGCUGAAAAAGGCACUUCGCCUGUUCACAACCCACCCAAACAAGAAAAUAAGCGCGAUAGAACGCCUGCCCAUUGAUUCCCCCUCAUCGCUGGCUAGUGGGCCUUCAGUACCACCCGGAAAAGUUCCGAAGCCUUUCCAGCUCAUUUCCUCACCUGCUCAUGAAAUUCGAAAGCAUGCCGCCGUGGAGUGCGGCGUAUCUGAGGAUAUUGUACACGAUGUUUACCCAUGCACACCAGCGCAAAACAGGAUGGUGAUGGCCUCUUUGCGGUAUCCCACAGCGUACAAAUCACACGUCGUCUUCACUCCCCCGGAAAACCAGAACGACACGGAUAUUCUCCAUGCAUGGAAUGCACUUUACCGUCAGAUGCCUGUAUUGAGGACUCGGUUCUUCCAUAGCCCCAUGGAGGUAACCUCAUCGAAGAACGAUCGUGAACUGCGCAUGUUGCAGGCAGUUGUGGACGAACCCAUCCAAUGGAGUGAAUGGGGGGAUGUACAAGAAUGUUUGUCGGCAGAUCAUGGACUUAUCUUUAGCAGCGGCCAGCCUCUUUCACGCUUUGCUCUUAUUCGAAACCAGCCUGGAGGUGGAAUACGGCAACUCGUCCUCACUACCCACCACUCCAUCUUCGAACCAUCAAUUACACAACGUAUGCUACGUUUUCUGCAAGAGAUAACAGAUGAAAACACUCAUGAUUUGGAAACGACUCCAUUCACACUUUGGGCUGAGGCCGCAUUGCAGUCCCUGAAAGAGCCAUCCAAAAUCUUCUGGGCUCAAGCGUUGAAGAACUGUCAGGCCCCUUCAUUCCCUAAAGUCCCAGCCACCCAUGCCCCGCUCACGACAGAUACGAUGCACACAACCAUUGCUUUACCAGCAAUUGAGUCUGGAAUUGAAAGUCCUGCCCCGAGCAAAACGCUGCUGCAGCUAGCUUGGGCUCUUACCCUCAGCCAAUACUAUGAUUCCAAUGACGUAGUAUUCGGUAUCGCGGUACAGGGUGCACAUGGCGAUAGACGGAACGUGAUGGGGCCGACCUUCUCGGUUGUUCCUCAGCGCAUCGUAUUUGAACAUCCCGAUAUGCGAAUGAAUGACUUAAUUCGGAUGUUUGAAGAACGGACGGAAGAACUGCUCGAUCACGCGCAGUAUGAUAUCUCCAUGAUUCGUGAGAUUGACGACUCCUGUGCUACUGCAUGUGAAUUCCAGAAUCUUCUGGUUUUAAAGACCACCCCGGAUGACAAUGGCACUAGUCCGCUCUACGGAACAUUUAGAAAAGCUGCUGUGUCGACUGUUGCAGGAAAAGUCGUUGCGGGCGCUUCUACUCACAUUCACAACUUUGCUCUAGCAGUCGAGGUGGCCCCGCUGGGAAAUGAGGUGAGUGUUCGAAUGAGCUACGAUCCCUUUGUCCUGAAAGCAGUCCAAGUGCGACGUCUUAUGUCCCACUAUGAAAGCAUUAUACGUCAAAUGUCCACAUUCGACCAUUCUCGCACUGUCAGUGGCAUCCACCAUGUGCCUGACGACCAUUUGGCGGAGAUUUUAUCCUGGAACGCCGUCCUUGCACCUCGAGUAUCCUGCGUCCACGAACUCUUUGAAGCGCAGGUACAAUCUCAACCAUCAUCCCCAGCUGUCUGCGCCCGUGAUGGCGAAUGGACAUUUUCGCAACUUGACAAUGCCGCCGAGAGGCUCGCUAGAUUCCUUCGCUCUAUGGGUGUGGGACCAGGAUCUUAUGUCCCUCUUCUAUUUGAAAAGUGCGGACUUGCUAUCAUUGCCAUGCUUGCCAUCCUCAAGGCUGGUGGCUCGAGCGUUGCAUUAGAUCCAGGUCAUCCCAAAGACCGAUUGCAAGGUCUCAUCAAUGGUAUGGGAAAGUGCACUAUUCUCUGUAGCCGCGAAAACCAUAUCCUGGCUGCCCAGGUUGCCCAACGUGCCAUUGUGCUUGAUGAGCAGACUUUAUCAACCCUAUCAAAGCAGCCACUUCAGCGGCGUCUGAGUGAUGAAGAGCCUGUCUCGGCGCAAAGUACGGCAUUCGUUCUGUUCACUUCCGGAUCUACGGGUAUGCCGAAGGGUAUCCUGAUCCCGCACCAAGCAUUCUCAAGCAGCAUCCGAGGCCACUCGGAAGUUCUUCGCUUUUCCACGGGGCCAGGAUCUCGCAAUUUCCAGUUCACAGCUUAUACGUCAGAUGUCAGUAUUGGAGAAAUAUUUACCUCUCUUGCAGUCGGAUCCUGUGUCUGCGUACCCUCCGAUUGGGACCGCAAGAACAAUAUUGCUGGUGCAAUCAGGGAUCUUAAUGUGAACUGGGCCUUUUUCACACCCAGUGUGGCAACUUUGCUAGUCCCCAGUGAGGUACCAGGUCUCCGUACCAUGGUAUUCGGGGGUGAAACGGCAUCACCAGAGAACUUCCAGACCUGGGCCCCAGCACUGCAUUUGAUCAAUAGUUUUGGUCCCGCUGAGUGUUCUAUCUGGACGCAUUGCAUUCCGCGUAAAGUCACCCUUGAUGACUUUGGUAGCAACAUUGGCUUCGGAGUCGGUUGUGCAACUUGGAUAACUGAUCCUACCGAUCAUCAUCGAUUGCUUCCCAUCGGAGCUGUCGGUGAGAUGCUCGUUGAAGGGCCGAAUGUUGCAGCAGGCUAUCUAAAUGACCCCGUUAAGACAAAUGCCACUUUUGUUCAUGAUCCGGCAUGGAUGCCACCAGACCGGGGAUCGAUGAGACUUUAUCGAUCCGGGGACCUCGCACGCUACCUUCCAAAUGGAAUGGUACAGUUCCUUGGUCGCCGUGAUCACCAAGUCAAACUCAGAGGGUUACGUAUUGAAUUGGGUGAGAUUGAGCACCAGAUUCGGGAACAUUUCUCCGACGGCAAUAUGCUUGUGGCGGUAGAUAUUGUCAAUCCUCGGCCAGUUGGUUCCCCGCCUAUCCUGGCCGCUUUCAUUGCUUCCAAAGAACCUGAAGUACUACCUGAGGACCAGGAAGGGGUGUUGAAUUUGUUGGCGGACAAGUCUGAUCAAAUUUGUCAAACCCUGCAUGGCCUAGAGAGUGCGCUAGUUCAAAUCUUACCCCGUCAUAUGGUGCCCGCUGCAUUUGUUCCACUUCGCCAAAUGCCUUUGACGGCCUCGGCAAAAACAGACCGUCGUGUGCUAAAGAACCUCGCAUCGUCUGUCUCAGCAGAGGAGUUGAGUCGGCUGAUGGUGGAGGUGCAAUCACGAGAGGUUCCUAGCACAGUCAUGGAAACAAUUCUCGCUAGACUGUGGUCGAGCGCCCUCGGCUGGCACGUUGACGUCGAUCGACAGAACAGCUUUUUCCGUGUCGGCGGAGACUCGCUGUCUGCAAUGAGGCUGGUAUCAUUUGCCAGAAAAGAGAAUGUGCGCAUCAGCGUCGAGCAGGUAUUCCAAAAUCCGAUCCUGCAAGACAUGGCCCAAUGUGCUAUUCUGGACGACAGCUCAGCUGUGGACGAUAUAAAUGUACUCCCGGACAUUGCACCUUUCUCCGCACUCGGAGAUGGGGAUAAGGUUGCUGGUGCAGUUCGAUCUGCUUCCGUGCAACUAGGAGUUGAAGCAGAUCAAAUCGAAGAUAUCUAUCCCUGCACGCCACUCCAGGGGGGCUUACUCGCUUUAUCUCAGGACUCACGAGGAAGCUACGUUGCACAAAUGGUGUUCGAGCUGCCCACGGACAUUGAUCGUCCUCGCUUCGAGUCUGCUUGGGUAUCCUUGCUGGAGGAAUGGCCCAUAUUGCGGUCGCGCUUUUUCCAAUGGCACCAAAGCAAUGGCACUUCUCAAUUGAUGCAGGUGGUCGUGAAGGGACGGACACGAUGGCUUCGUGCUCGCCGUCUCUCUGAAUACCUCAAGCUCGACCGCCGAGAUCAUAUGCAGCUUGGAGAUCGUAUGCUGAGGCUUGCUGCCUUCACAGACACAUCUGAUAAAAAGCAAUACUUCGUUAUGACUGCCCACCAUGCCAUAUACGAUGGCUGGAUGCUAGCUCUUCUCUUUACUGCCCUCCGUCGCUCCUAUUUGGGCCUUCCUGCGUUGGAGACAACCCCAUAUCGCGUGUUUGUGAAUGUCAACUUGGCUGACCGCAACAGCGAGGAGAGCCAACGUUUCUGGAAACGGUAUGUCUGGGAUGCUGACCGGCCAUCAUGGCCAGAACUUCCUUCUCCUGACUUCAGGCCCAAGCCCACCUCCGUCAGGAAGCUGGCAACACACUUCUCUACUGGUAACCAGAGGAAUUUCACCCCUAACACCAUAAUGCGAACUGCAUUUGCAAUUCUCCUCGGAGCUUACUCCCAUUCGGAGAACGUCGUUUUCCCAUCCACGGUGUACGGGCGUACUUCUGGUCGGUCUUCAGCAGCAACAGUUGCAGGUCCCACGAUGGCUACAGUUCCUGUUCUAGUUCGCCUGGAACGUCAGUCAACAAUACACGAAAUUAUGGAUACUGUCCAGGCGGAAGGAGCCGAAAUGUUAACCCAUGAGCAAGAGGGUCUCCAGAAUAUAAAGCAGUACAACCGUGGUGCUUUGGCGACCAUCGACACUCAAAGCCUCUUAGUUGUUCAAGUAGACCAGCCUUCCGAAGAGUGGAAGAAUGACGACUUUGCUCUGCGCUCCGUGGAUGUAUCAGGACUGGCCAAUGGUUUUCUCAGCAGCGCCCUGGUGCUUGAGGCUACCGUUUCUGGGAAUGAGCUUCAUCUUCACAUGACCCACGAUGACCGUGUUGUUGCUCCACGCCAAGCCGAAAGGUUUUUGGAACAACUCGCCCACGUGGUGCAUCAACUUUGCGAUGCAUCUCAAACACAACUUCUUCGUGAAUUGGAUUUGGUUCCUCAGGGGGAGAGGGACGAAAUCCUUUCGUGGAAUGCAGCCGUUCCUAAACCAACCUCGGCCCUAGUUCAAGAUCUCUUCGCCGCACAGGCAAGCCAACAGCCAGACGCAGAGGCAUUGGUGUCUUGGGAGGGUUCACUCACAUAUCGGCAGCUUGAUGAAUUCUCCAAUCGGCUUGCAGGAUAUCUGUGGACAUCAUGUGGUCUCCGCUCUGGCAUCCGGGUGCCUCUGCUAUUUGAAAAGAGUAUUUGGACUGUGGUCGCAAUGCUAGCUGUUUUGAAGAUUGGUGGAACCAAUGCUGCUCUGAAUCCAGCACAUUCAGCGGAUCAUUUGAAGUCGCUCGUUGAGGAUAUUGGUGCCGAUUUCAUUCUGUGCAGUGAAACUUUUGAGCCGCUGGCCUAUGAGAUUACUCCAAGGUGCUACUGCGUUGGUUCCUCUGUCCAACACCUUGAGGGUCAAAACGGCGUCAGCUCCAUCGCUCCACAGCACAUUGCCUUCCUGCUCUUUACCAGUGGCAGCACGGGAAAACCGAAGGCUAUCAUGAUUGACCAUGUGGCCUUUUCAAGCAGCAUCAAAGGUCAUGGGGAGGUACUGUGCUACCGCAAAGGCUCCCGAAACCUUCAGUUCACGGCGUAUACCUCAGAUGUCAGCAUGGGAGAGAUCUUCACGUCGCUCAGCCGAGGGUCGACGGUGUGUAUUCCCUCUGACAACGAACGUAUGAAUGACCUUGCGGGGGCCAUGGAGAGAAUGCGCGUUGACUGGGCGUUCCUGACACCCAGUGUGGCCUCACUGCUUCAUCCUGAUCAAGUACCGACACUCAAGACACUCGUCUUUGGUGGCGAAACCGCCACAGUGACAAACAUCCAGACUUGGUCACCACGGCUGCACCUAAUCAACAGUUUCGGGCCCGCAGAGACUUCCAUAUGGUGCCAUGCGCAUCCUCAUUUCACGGUGACUGACGAUGGCUCGGAUGUCGGAUGGUCGAUUGGGUGUGCUACAUGGAUCGUGGACCCGGAGGACGGUAGCCGGCUCAUGCCCGUUGGCACAAUCGGCGAGCUUGUGGUGGAGGGUCCCAAUGUGGCAGCCGGGUAUUACAAAAACCAGGCAAAGACAGAAGCCGCAUUCCCGGAGAGUUUACCUUGUUUACCACCGGGUCAGCGCCAGCGCAUCUACAAACUCGGCGACUUGGCUCGACUCUUGCCUGACGGUCGUUUGCAAUUCCUGGGUCGUAAGGAUGGACAAGUGAAAGUGCAUGGCCAGCGUGUGGAAGUGGGUGAUGUGGAAAAUAUGAUUCGUCUAGCUCUUGGUGACGACCACCUCGAAGUCGCUGUGGAAAUGGUCAAGAUUCCCGAUGAGCUCACUGGCUCACGCCUUAUCGCAUUUAUUAGCUGUACCCCGGCGGAUCAACCACAGGAUCGGAACAAACCAGCCGUUUUGACAAACAACGAAGGACUUCUAGCUUUCCAGGAACGAACCAGUUCUCUCCGGGAGGAACUCGCCUCACGCCUGUCCAAGCACAUGAUCCCUAGCUUCUUUGUGCCUUUGACGAGUAUGCCGUUAAGUGCAUCAGCCAAGAUGGAUCGAAAGCUCUUGGGCUCCCUUGCCAGAAACCUGGAAAUUUCCGAGUUGGCACGCUUCUCUCUCUCGUCGCAUAGAGACAUAUUGCCACCGGAGACCCGAGUACAGAAGCUUCUUCAUUCUCUGUGGAGUUCUGUGCUGAUGCUCAAUUCAGAUGACUUCGGUAUUGAGGCAGACUUCUUUGAAUGUGGUGGCGAUUCAAUUGGGGCUAUGAAACUGGCCUCCCUUGCACAUGCCGCCGGUACUCCGCUAUCGGUACAAGAUGUGUACGACCAUCCCCGUCUUGGCAAACUCGCGAGUACCAUAGAAGGCAGGGACCCCACAGAUCUUGUAAAAUCUGUUUCUGAGAUCGAAGCAUUCUCCCUGCUCCCAACGGAUCAUUUCGAUGAGCUAGAUACGCUCAUUUCUCGAGUUGCCUCAGUGUGUGGGGUCCGGCCCGAGCAGGUUGUUGACAUCUACCCAUGCACACCCAUUCAGCGUUCAAUGAUAAAGAGGACCGCCAAUCAUCCUGAGGCAUACUGGAUGCACAACACUUUCGAGCUCUCUUCGGAGGUUGACGAGCUCCGCCUCAAACAGGCAUGGCAGGGUGUCUUCGCCUCUCACGGUAUCUUGCGCACACGUAUUCUCCCGCACAACGGUCAAUAUGUACAGGCGGUUCUGGAUGAGUCACACGAAAUCCAGCCCGUCUCUGGGGUGUCCCUAGACGAAUUUUUCAUCGCUUCUCGCGAGCGCCAAUUUACAGACGGGCAGCCGCUCCUCUGCGCUUCAAUGGUAUCCGACGACACGCGGCGGUACUUUGUCCUGGAGUUCCAUCACGCCAUAUACGAUGCUUGGUCGUUAACAAAAAUCUGCGAAUCGUUGCAACGACAAUACCUCAGCCUAGCAGAUCAGGUUAACAUUCAGAGCAUGUCAGAAACCCCAAUUAUCGGAUUCAACUACUUUGUCAAAGCCGUCCAACAACAGAAUCAGGCCCAUGCACUUGAUUUCUGGAGCAAAUAUCUUCUCGGGACAAAGACUUCAUCCUUGGCUCCAUCAUAUGAGGGCGACAAUGCUGACAGUACCAUCCGCCAUCGCAUCGCACUCCCAGACCCAAUGGUGGCAGGUAGCUCGAUCACACCUGCAGUCAUGGUCUAUGCCGCGCUCGGGCUGGCACUUCAUAAGCAGCUUCAAGUCCCAGACACCAUCCUCGGCCUGAUCUCUAUCGGUCGUUCCCUUCCACUUACUGAGGAGCUGGUCGGUCCCACAGUCACAAGGGUUCCACUGCGUAUCAAUCACAAGGAACAGAGCAGCCUCCAUGACUAUCUUUUACAUGUCCAAUCUCAAGCCCGACAACCUACAGCCUUCGAGCAUGUGGACUUUGAAGAGGUUGUGCGUUUGCAUUCUGAUGCGCAUGAUGCUUGUCACGCCGCGCCCCAGGUCGUUGUUCACCCGUAUGAUCCAUACACAGAGCAGCCUACGGCUAAGAUGGGACUCCUAAGGCAGGAGCUCUCGGUGGUGAAUAACGACGGUAUUGCACUGUCGAUUGAUAUAUCAUUGGUACUUCGAGAGAGGGCACUAGAGGCGUUGGAUGUGCGUCUCAUGUUUGCCAGCAGCAUUGUUGGAGAGGAAAAACUGCGGCUCCUUGUUGGAGAUUUGAACGCAAUCAUGUUGAAGAUUCACGCUUUGCAGGGCGACUUGCACUCGGCUACGGUGGAAGAAGUCUUGCAGGGAGUACCAGGAAGUGCAGUUGAGCUGGCUGUAGAGCGGAUUCAGUGA